UUAAAAUAUACUUACUGCAAUUCCAGAUAACAAUUACUUUAACUUGUAUUCCCAUAACAGAUGUGCUUCAAACCACAUGAAGUGUUUUUCACUUUUGUAUUUCCUCAAUGACUGAUCAUCUUUAGGUAUACAAGUUUUAACUUUACAAAAUCAGUCAUGAAAAUAAUUACAUAACAAUUCUGGACAUUUUAUUCAAUUUUUUACUUGAUAUUAUCCUAUAAUAGCCUCUCCAACAAUGUAGUAAUCACCAAAAUUUAUUUCCUCAAAGCUUCACACCACUCUAGAUCUCUGAAUUGUUUCUUCUGUCUUUUGACUUGUGUUUUGAUAGGAAAAGCUGACAUAAUAUAGUUAUAUUGUAUAUAAUUUGUAUAUAACUACAUAACAUUAUCCUCUUAUUCACACAAAAAAAAAUCCUGGUUUAAACUAUUUUCUAUUGCUGCACUUAUGUUAUUAACUACCAGACCGUUCCCAGACUAUUUGAAGCCAUAAAAAGAAAUAAAGUUCCACUUUACUUCUCCAUUUAAGCGUCCACUAUAUCAUUUGCACUCAUAUUUACCCUGACUAUUCACAAUAUGCCCGAUACAUUUAGCCAGAGCUGUCAUUACACUCAAUGAUUCUGUAACGGCUUUUCCUCCUUCAACGUCAGAUUGCUGAAUGAUCCAUGAACAGUAUAGAAAUGUUUUCUCUUUGCACUGCACUGCUGCCAUAAAACAACAAAUUUCACAUCACAUUAGUGAUAAUAAAUCUGAUGCUGAUUCCCACCCCCUUGUUUUGUCAUUGUGUCACAAUUACAUACAGAAAAUGUUUUCGGGUUUUAAGUAUUUGAAACAAUGCAGUACACAACUCGUCUGUUGUCUGGAAGAAACAGAUUGGUUUCAGUGGGAAUUCCAAAACCCUCAAAGUCUGAAUGGAAGCAAGUCAUCCUCACCCCAAAGGACUGCUUUGAAAAGAUGACACUACCACGCAAGGUUUCAUAAAUUUCACACACAUUUUCAUUAUGUGUCAAAUAUUUUACAUCAGAUGGACAAGUUUAAGACAUCCCUAAAGUACAUUGUAAAAUGGCCUGAGUCACUUCACGAAGGUAUUUCAGCAAAAACAUCCACACUAAAUUGAGUCAGAUAUCGAUGUUUUGGGAGCAAUUAACAAACUGCUGGAGUUUGCGGUGUGACCAGCUGAGUCCCUCCGAGCUUUUGUAACAUCUGCAGUUUCUUCUGUUGCUCCAUCCGCGAAAGCAAAGUUUGACGCUUUGAGUUAUUUCUGGCACCUGCCGCUCUACACCCCGCCCUCCCGAUAGGGGAAUAUUCGGUUGCCACGAACGUCAUUUCCUGCAUUUUAAAUUGAGUACGGCGAGCCCAGAGGCCUUUGAUUGGUUGCUCCUGUAGCUGCUGUAACGUCACAGCCGUCCGCGACGAUGGCCGAGUCUGGCGGCGAUGCAAGCCUCUGGAAUGGCGUUAGCGGCAGCAGAGGCUCGAGCCGCCACGAGAAGAGCCUCGGGCUGCUCACCACGCGUUUCGUGUCGUUGCUGCAAGAGGCGAAGGACGGAGUGCUGGACCUCAAGCAGGCUGCUGAUGUACUUGCAGUAAGGCAGAAGAGAAGAAUCUAUGACAUCACCAAUGUAUUAGAAGGAAUUGGCUUAAUUGAGAAGAAGUCAAAAAACAGCAUCCAGUGGAAGGGUGUUGGUCCGGGUUGCAAUACUAAGGAAGUCAUUGAUCGAUUGAGAUACCUAAAGGCAGAAAUUGAAGAACUGGAAUCAAAGGAAAAAGAACUAGAUCAACAGAAAAUGUGGCUACAGCAGAGUAUUGAGAACAUAACUGACAGUUCACAUAAUAAUAGAUUGGCAUAUACUACUCACGAAGAUGUCUGCAAUUGCUUUCAAGGUGAUACACUACUUGCCAUCCAGGCCCCUUCUGGUACACAACUAGAAGUUCCAACUCCUGAAGUGGGACCAAACGGACAAAAAAAGUACCAGAUUAAUUUGAAGAGUCAAUCAGGACCCAUUCAUGUUGUUCUCAUUAAUAAAGAGUCUAAGUGCUCGAAGCCUGUUGUGUUUCCAGUUCCUCCACCAGAUGAUCUAAUGCAGCAACAAGAAGGUCCUGGAAUGUCCUCAACCUCCCAAAAAUUCCCUUUGUCUCCACUUCCAAACCAAGUUGCCUCAUUAAAGGAAUCAAACGUUGCUCAGGUUCCAUUAUCUCGGCCUUCUUCUGAUUGUGGCAUCCAGUUACCUAUUAUUGCACCAGAAGCCCCAUACUUGAACCUGCCAGAUACACCAGAGGUUUACAGAGGGAUGACAACUGAAUCACUACAGAAUAUUCGGGAGCAAAAUGGGUUGCAGUCACUGCUUCCAAUAGAUGUUCUGAAAUAUCCAACAACAUCAUGUGAACAAAUAAAGAUAGGAGAGUCAAGUGCUACUCUUGAUGGAGAUAUAAUGGAUGAAUUUAUAUCAUCAGAUGUGUUUCCUCUCCUUCGACUUUCUCCUCCACCAGCUGAUGAAUACAGUUUCAACCUGGAUGAAAAUGAAGGUGUCUGUGAUCUUUUUGAUGUGCAGAUUUUGAAUUGUCGAUUUUAACCGACGUCACACACAGUCUAAGAUGUCAAAUCUACCUCUAGACCACCAGUCAUCCUUCAGAAACUACAUUAUCCAUUUUGCGAAGUUCUGUAUAGCAUUUUCAAGACGAAAAGUUUAAGGUUCCUGAAAUUGUGUCCUUUUAUAUGUUUAAGUCUUAUAUGGACAUUUUUAUACAGUGGUUCAGUUUGUUUUAUAACACUGCCAGGUGGCACACAAUAGAAUCUCUUACAAUUGAAUGUGAUACUGCCAAGGAAUAGUGUCCUUAAUGUUAUUACAAAAGUAUUUGCUUCACAAAUGACUUUUCAACUACCCUUUUAAAUAGGGUGCAGAAAGAAGUGAAUUUUUUUUUCAUACACUGCACACUUUAAGUGCCUUUUGAUUCUUGCACUUUAGGAGCGAUUUUUGUUUUGUAAUAAUGGACAGGGAAACCUGCUUUAUUUUAGAAUUGAAAUAAGUAGUCUCCUAAUAUGCUGUUAGUUGACCACAGGCUGUGUUUUCUCUUUAAGACCUUAGACCAAUCUCACUAUACUUCUAUUAAUCCAGCGCAUUUUUAGAUCAGAGGAGGAGUAUGUUUUAGGGAAAGAUAUUUGGAAACUGAAUGUGCCCAAAAGAUCUAACACUAACCAUCUGGAAUGUUUUUCAUUCCCACAACUUACACUAAACUCUACUGGUGAGUAGGAUUCACGUCAAUAUGAUUACAGUAAUCAGUGAUUGGAUUAUAACAAAUAUGGAAUAAAUAGAUUUGUGUUUUGGUAGCUUAUUACUAAUUAUGCAAAUAACUUCAAAUUUGGCCUGUCUCCUCCAGCCUUUGAGUUGGAUUUGUGAAAUAACUUUGAUAACUAGUUGAUCUAAAGUGAUUGUUUGGGCUUAACUACAUUUUGCAAAAUGUUUACAUUUGCAUUUUGUAUAUGGAUAAAGUUGUCCAUUGCAGUGCCUACAACGUAGAAUUACAAGCAGGGAAGUUCUUUGUAUUACUCAGUAUUUUAUUGACCAAAGUUGUGUUCUUUUUUCAAAUAAAAGAUACAAAAGAUAAAACUUUCAUUCUCUGCUUUUGGAAUCCAAGUCCAUCUUUAGAAAGAAUCACAGUGGUGCACAGGAUUGCCAUUGUCACUGGUAUCACACAGUGGACAAGAAUUUUAGUAUUUCAGCUCCAUGAUAUGGUCCAGAUAAGUUAAAAUCAUUUGUCAUAGCUGAUACGUUUACAAUGUUUUAACUUUCAUUUUGCUUCUAAUGUCAAUUAUAAUGCACAUAAGUUCCUUUUAAAAUGAUGGAUAGUUCAUUUGUCUCAUUCUCUGUCAAAUCAAAAUAGCCCUCAAAUAUAGUCCAGUGAUAUUCUGCCCUGCUUGCGGUUUUCUAUUUAAGUCAUAGAACACUGCAGCACAGAAAUGGGCCCUUUGAUCCAUCUAGUCCGUACUGAACAUUUAGUCUGCCUAGUUCCAUAGCCCUGCAUUCCACUCCCCUCCAUGUACCUAGCCGAAUUUCUCUUAAAUGUUGAACUCGAAGCUGAAUCCACCACUUCUGUUGGCAGCUCAUUCCACACUCUCGCUGUUCUCUGAGUGAAGAAAUUCCCUUAAACUUUUCACCUUUCACCCUUAACCCAUGACCUCUAGUUCUAGUCUCACAUAACCUCAGUGGAAAAAGUCUGCAUACAUUUACCCUAUCUGUACUCCUCAUAAUUGUGUAUAGCUCUAUCAAAUCUCCCCUUACUUUUCUAAACUCCACGGAAUAAAGUCCUAACCUAUUCAACCUCUCCUUUUAAUUCAGAUUCUCAUGUCCUGGCAACAUCCUUGUAAAUUUUCUGUGCAUUCUCAAUUUUGUUGAUAUGUUUCCUGUAGGUAGGUGAGCAGAAAUGGACACAACACUCCAAAUUAUGCCUCACCAAUAUCUUGUAUAACUUCAGCAUAUCAUCCCAACUCCUGUCCAAAGUACUUUGAUCAAUGAAGGACAAUGUACCAAAAGCUUUUUUUAACAACCCUAUCUACUUCUGACACCACUUUCAAGGAAUUAUGGAUCUGUAUUUCAAGAUCCCUCUGUUCUACCAUAUUCUUUCCGUGUCUUACUGCUCACUAUGUGUACUAUCUUGGAUUGUUCUCCCAAAGUCCAACACCUCUCUGACACAGCUAGGUGAAUAGUUUAGCUCAUGGGGGAGCUGCGGAGCAGACUCGAUGGGCCGAAUGGCCUACUUCUGCUCCUUUGUCUUGUGAUCUCACACUUAUCUGCAUUAAGUUCCAUUUGCCAUUUUUCAGCCCGCUUUUCUAGCUAGUCCCCACUGCAAGCUUUGACAGGCUUUCUCGCUGUCCAUUAUGCUUCCCAAUCCUGGUGCCAUCCACAAACUUCGUGAUACAUUAUCAUCCAGGUUGUUGAUAGAGAUGACAAAUAAUGGGCCCAGCACCAAACCCUGCAGUACUCCACUUGUCACAGGCCACCAGUCAGAGAGCCUGCCAUCUCUUACCACUCUGGCUUUUACCCCAAAGUCAACAUCUAAUCUACUGCCUCAUCCUGAAUGCCAAGUGACUGAACCUUCACCAACCUCCCAUGUAGGACCGUGUCAAAAGCCUUGCUAAAGUCCAUGUAGGCAACUUCUAUUGCCCUUCCUUCAUCAACUUUCCUGGUAAUUUCCUCAAAAAUCUCUCUAAGGUUUGAUUAGAUACAACCUGCCAUGCUGACUAUCACUGAUCGAUCCCUGUCUAUCCAAAUACUUAUAUAUCCGCUUCCUUAGAAUACCUCCGAAUAACUUAUCCACUACUGAUGUCAGGCUUACCGGUCUAUAAUUUCCCAGCUUAUUUUCAGAGCCUUUCAUAAACAACAGAACAACAUUAGCUAUCCUUCAAUCCUUCAGCACCUUACCCGUUGCUAAGGAUGUUGUAGGAUCUCUGCUAGGGCCUCUUCAGUUUCUACACUAGCCUCUCACAGUGUCUGAGGGAAACACCUUGUGAUUUAUCCACCCUAUUUUGCCUCAAGCCAGCAAACACCUCCUCUAUAAUCUGAUUAGUCAAAACCUUUGGUCUAAGUUCUAAAAUAUUUGGACAUACAACUGUAAGGAUGAUCUAAAAACAGUAUGAGGAAGCAAAUAAUUAUGGAGGCACUUAACCAUGAAGUUUAAAACCUGGACAAUUGGAAGCGAGAAACUAAUGUCAUCUACAGCUAUUAAUCAGUAAAAAGUAGUGGUAUUUAAACUUGCCAUUCUAUAACACCUCAAUUUAUAAAGGUAAUAUCUACCUGUAUUAUUCAGAUUUUAGAAUAAUUUACAGUGAGACUUCCAAGAAUAGACUUUGAUAUAUUACACAAAAGAGUAACUGAUCUUGAAAUUACGUGAACUAAGGCACAAUAACAUCACAUUGAUUCCAGAGACUGAAUUGUAAAUUCAGAAGUUGGUGUACAGCAAUAUCGGUAACUUCCAACUGAAUAGUAAGAUUGGGACAGAAAUGUGUCCCAUUAAAUUAAGACUUAUAAAUAUGUGUUGACCCAAAACUAGAAUUAUGGUGACUGAAGCCGUAGAUGUCACAGGGAAGGGGAGGGAUGAAGAGAAAGUGUGUAAGAGCUCCAGGUCAGGAUGCAGAAAUCAAUGCAGUAUUAUAGAUUAUAUUAAUGAGCAUAUGGGUCAGAAGAAGAUGGGCAGAAGGGUUCCAGACUAGGUGAAGUUAUAGCAUGAAGAACAACAGAAGAUACCAAAAAUAGCAGGUCAGAUGACAUCUUUGGAGAGAUGAACAACAGGUGACUUCUGAAACAUUAAAAAGUGAUGACUGAAACAUAAUUUAUUUUUCUCAUAACAGAUGCUGUCUGACGUGCAGAGUAUUUCCAGCAUUUUUGUUUCAGAUUUCAUCUGCACAAUUUUGCUCUGAGGAUGACAAACUGGACAGGGGAGUUAUUGGAAUAACUGAGUCCGGAGAUUCUGUGGGCAACGCCACCAAGUCCCUGUGGUUUCCCGACGUUUACUGACCCUGGCUCCUACCAGUCGCUGAGUGAAACCGUGACGGGACGAUGACAACGACCGCGGCUCCUCGCAGCAGGAUGAACUGG